AUGUUAAGUGAAGAAAAAAAGACUAUUGAUGAUAAUGAUAGAUGUGUAAUUGUUGAUCUUGUGAAUGGAAAGUUACAACGUUGUAAAAAUACUAUAUUUCGUCCUCUUCGUCAACUUUUGGGUAUCUGGGAAUUAGAUUUUGAUGAGGUUAAUAAAGCCAUCAAAGUGAACCAACCAGAUGCGACAGCUCUAUUGGGUACAUGCUCAAGUCACUACAGUUUUGAUAAUAAAAAUCAUUUAUCACAUUUAAAAAACAGUGUUCCUACUCAUGACGCAUGGAUAUAUAAAAGACGUUGUAGAGGUGUGAAAGCAUUGCACACUUGUAUUGAAGACCACAAUGAAGACAAUUCCAAGUCUCUCAAGCUCUUUGGAGAAUGGUUACAAAAUAUUUCAACAUCAUCUGAUCAAAUAAUUAAAAAUUUACUUCUUGAAGAGCUCUCAGUUUCACUUUCAAAAUUUUUUAAAAGAAAACAAUUGUUACAAACGCAACCAACUUCUAUAUCUGAUGGUAAAUCAUUAUUACUUAAACACCAAUUUGAUAAAAUCCAAAUAAUUUUGCUUCGUGAAGUUGAGGAGUCAAAAAUUUUUAUUUCAAGUGGUGAAUGCUUUUUACAAAGCAAAAUUCUUCAUUAA